CGUCUCCAGAGUCGACACUAGUUAUUAACUAGCUCGGAGUUGCCGAUCCUCACCUAUUUCUCCUUCGACCAAAACCGCCGAGAAUUUGUUAUCAACGAUUUCAUAUUGGGCACCAUCAACCUUCAACACUGAGAAGAAGCCGGUUUCAAUUGUCGACUCGCUACCUCGGUUCUUAUUUCGAGGCUGCGGGUAUUUUCGAUCCCGCCCUUUCCGCACAGGGCUUUUUACGACGCCAAUUCGAGCAAGAGAAGGAGUUAACGAGUCAAAAUGUCUCUCGCCAGGGCGUUCACGACCCGAAGGGUCAAGCAGAGUAUUCAGGCGGCGGAAGAGAGGACGAAUGGUCGCAGCAAUUCAGUGAGGGGGUCGGUCGGCACCCUGAGGCACAAGAUCUCGAGCCCUGUCGAACUCAUUCACACCACCAAUAUGCUCUCCUAUAAUGCGCCAGAUAUCCACCCCAUGUCGGCAUCAUCAACGGGCUCGUCACAGAGGUCUGACGACGACAUGUCCGAUAGCGCUCUCACGAAUGGUACAACCCCGCCCACAAGUCCCGAUGUCGAGUCGCCUGCCAAAAGGUCCCGGUCCCCAGAGCCGAACCACCUGUCCUGCUUCUUCACCGUCCCCCCCACCCAGCAACAGACCCCCGCUCCCGCUCCCGCUCCCGCAGCCCGACCCGAGGCGCCAGUGGUUCCGCAACGCGCUGCCUCCCACUCCAAGAAGCAGUACAACACGCUUGUGCGGCAGCGGUCAGCGUCGGGGCUAUCCCAGCAAUCCCAGCGCACCGUCUCGACAAAAGCCAGCUUUACCUUCUCGCGGUCCUCGUCCACCAGCACAAGUACCAGCGUCAGCUCGACCCCAAUGCACCACCACCAGCACAAGACCAAGCUCUCCAGCACCGCGAGCCCAGCCCCGGUCCCGACGCCACCCUCGCCACCCCGACAACAAUUAAACCCUCGACCGCAGCGCAGCAACAGCAACAGCAGCAGCCGGAAGGACUUCUCCUCUGAAUCACAACAACAACACCAACACCAACACCAACACCAACAACACCACCACCACCACCACCCGUUCGGCAACGAGCUAGCGCAGGUGUCGGAGCUGGCCGAGGAGUACGGCGUGCAGGAGCAGCUGGCCGACGCGGCGGAGCGCGAGGAGCAGGCCAUGCUGCAGAAGGGCCUGCUCAAGUUCACCGCCGACGAGUACAUGAGCGACGUCCGCGGCUUGUUUGCCAGCUUCAUGGUCCCGCCGCGGCCGGUGGCUGCGGCGUGGAUUUGAAGUUUGAAGUUGGGUUUGGUUUUUGGGGGGUGAAAAGGGGGGGGGGGUUCUACUCGGCAUUUGAUGUGCUGCCAUUCGUUCUUCUGUAUAUACUUUUUACGGGA